AUGUCCACCAAUAACGAGAAUCCUGACCACUUCGGGAAGCGUGUGACACCGAGCAUCGACGACGACCCUGACAAGACACACCGAUUCGACAAGCAUCUCCAUUGCUUCCUCCCAUACCAACAUCGGUACCUGGGCAUGAUUAAGCAACAACGCAACAAGCUUCAACAUGCUCGGUUGACAGCAGCCGCAAGUCACAAUCCAGCACUUCACUUAGCCACAUCUCCAAGACCUUCACCAGCGCACUCCGUCCCCUCCAUUUGGGCCUUCCACAUCGUCUCUGCAUUCAAGCUCGCUGACCACCGUUCAGAGAACCGCCGAACGCCAUCUCCGCUUUACCCGCACACUGAGCCCUAUCACACCGCAUAUCCCCACUACCACUUCACACCAUUGUGGAAAAGCCAAAUGCAAACAAGGUUUGGCCCAGACGCCUUAUGUCGCUCAAGGCGUUGA